CCUUCGUGGAUGACGGCCACUGCGCGUGUCAAGAAGAACCGACGUCAUCCAUUCAGAAAGAACUGAAGAACCAUACCCAGACGACAUGCCAGCGACAGAAAAAAGCAGGGGGGGCUUUGAGCUGUUCUACACAGCUACCUCCUCUGCAUGGCUGGGUUCUGUGGCGAUGGGCACAUGCCUGGGAUACUCCUCGCCAGCCAUUCCCAGUCUACGCGAAGCCAAUGGAACCAGCUCCAUAAUGCUCAGCGAAAGCGAAGAAAGCUGGUUCGGGUCCAUCAUGACGCUGGGAGCCCUGAUCUGCAGCCCACUGGCCGGAAUGUUGGUCGAUUGGACGGGUCGAAGAUGGGCAAUGCUCAUCACCUCGGCGGGCUUCCUCGUGGCGUGGCUGUUGAUCGGAUUCGCCGGCAACCUGGCUCUGCUCUACCUGGGCAGAUUCCUGACUGGCUGCUUCACUGGCGUCAUAUCCCUGGCGGUGCCAGUUUACGUGUCCGAAAUCAGCCGCCCCGAAGUGCGUGGUAUCCUUGGUGCGGGUAUCCAACUGUCCGUCACCCUAGGCAUUCUGAUGGUGUACAUUUCUGGCAAGUACUUCGAGUGGAAUGCGCUCGCUUUCAUCUGCAUUGGACCCCCUGGUGCCAUGGCCUUGCUCAUGACAUUCAUGGCGGAGUCCCCUCGGUGGCUUCUGCGGAAGGGCAGGCGUCAAGAAGCUCUGAAAGCCCUGCAGUUCCUCUACAGCAAGGAUACGGAUUACGAAGCUGAAUGCCACCUCAUCGAAGAGAACAUAAGGAUGAGUCCUAAGGAGCGAUUUCAUAUUCGCGAACUUGGCCAACCGUACAUAUUCAAACCAAUUCUGCUCAGUCUGUUUCUCAUGUUCUCACAGCAGUACUCCGGGAUCAAUGCCAUCAUGUUUUACGCCGUGUCCAUCUUCGAAGCGACGGGCGUUAACAUUGAUCCCAAAAACUGCAUGAUCAUCAUUGGCGUAGUGCAAGUAGGCGCUACCUUGGCAGCGACGCUGGUCAUGGACUGUGUUGGCCGCCGGUUGUUGCUCCAAUGCUCCCUGGGCUUGAUUGGUGCCAGCCUUCUGGUACUGGGUGCCUUUCACUGGGAGAAAUAUACAAAAGGCGACGAAGCCGUCGCCGGCGUCACCUGGUUGCCUUUGUUAUGUGUGUCCAUAUUUAUUGUGGGAUUUUCCUGUGGCAUGGGCCCCGUACCUUGGCUCAUGAUGGGGGAACUUCUUCCUCUACGAGUGAGGGGAUUUGCCACAGGCAUCGCCACUUUCUUCAACUGGAGUAUGGCGUUCCUCGUCACCAAAGGCUUCAACGACAUGAGGCGUAUCCUGCACGUUCAUGGAACUUACUGGUUCUUUUUCGCCAUCAUGACGGUCUCCUUCGUAGUGGUCACUUUAUUUUUGCCGGAAACCAAAGGAAAGACGCUGGAAGAAAUCGAGCUGGCGUUUCGUGGGGACACCGUGGCUCUUCAAGCAGCCGUUGAGCCUCCGUUGGACUCUUUGCACGAAGAGCCAGUCAACCAGCCGGUUGCAUGAUGCUUACCACUACAUGCCACUAUUGACUUUUUCUUUUAUGAAAUUAAUAAUGUUACCAAUAAAACCUGCCUGUUCUGCGCAGUUCAUGUAAACAGAUGGGAGUGUGAACUAGAACAUAACCUCGCACCUAGGAAACCAGAACAGUG